CUGCUGCUGCUUCGCCUCCCGUGGACUGGGAUAGAUCGGGAAGCCGAGGCCAAUCUACGAUCUAAAGAUCGCCCGCCGGCGAGGAUGUCCUGCGGCGGUGGAGACAAGCCCCGAGUCCACGAUUCUGCUUCGAGCCCCAGGGACAGUGUGGUCGUCGAGCAUAGGAGCUCAGCGGGUUGGGAAAAAUGCUGGGAAGAGGGAGUGACCCCCUGGGAUUUAGGGCAAACCACGCCAAUAGUUCAUCAGCUCGUUCAAAGUGGAUCUCUUCCGAAGGGCAGAGCUCUUGUUCCUGGCUGUGGCAGUGGAUAUGAUGUGGUUGCUAUAGCAAGUCCUGAGCGGUUCGUUGUAGGCUUGGAUAUAUCGUCAAUUGCUAUUAAGAAAGCGAAAGAGGGGUCUUCCUCUUUGCCAAAUGCAAACCACCUCACCUUUGUAGAAGCAGAUUUCUUCCAUUGGCAACCAACAGAGAAGUUUGAUCUUAUCUUUGAUUACACAUUCUUCUGUGCUAUUGAUCCAAACAUGAGACCAGCGUGGGCUGAGAAAAUGAGGGAGCUUCUAAAUCCAGAUGGAGAGCUCAUAACCCUUAUAUAUCUUAUCAGUGGCAAGGAAGGAGGGCCACCAUAUAAUUGCACAGUAGACGAUUAUGAGAAGGUCCUGAACCCUGUGGGUUUCAGAGCUGUAUAUAUCGAAGACAAUGAGAUAGCAGUUGAGAAACGCAAGGGAAGGGAGAAGCUUGGCAGGUGGAAGCAGCUUUCGAGCUGAUCAUCAUUCUUAAGAAUCAAGCCAUGGUUCCAAAGUAUCGAUGUGCUUGAGCAACCAGACAAGUGUGGUUUUUGUUGUGCUUGAAGCAUCAUCUUAAGACUUUUAGGUUUGUUUUGAUGCCUGUGUUUGGUUAGAUGAAGAUACGAUUAAGAGAAUGCUUAUUAGACUUCAUCUUCGGUCAACUUCCUUAUUUAAUCCUUUGUUGGGUUCAA